AGGAAAAAAAAAAGGUUGCGAAAAUUCCAAUAUCUAAACCCAAAAGCUCAACGCAGCACAGCUGAGUUAUCCAAGAAUCUUUCUCUCUCUAAUCUCUGCUAUAUCCAAAGCAGUGGCGCUUCCUUCUUCGCCCAAACCCUAGCAAAACCUCCUCAGCACCAUUUGCAGGUGCAGCUUCUUUCUCUAACUUCCACAUUGAUCAUAUUUAUCUGUGAAGUCUGUUUCUUUAUCAAGAAAUUGAAUGGCGUCAACGCCACCACACUGCUCAAUUACUGCAAACAAGCGUAAUCAGAACCACCAGAAACGCUGCCGACGUUGGACCAAUCACAAUGUUUCUCUUGCUAAACCCCCUCUCCCUUCCUCCCCCCACAAUGCACCAAAACCAGGUGCUUCCACCGCCGCCACUACUAAUGCCCAGAACCAACCCUUCCCUUCUCUCGCCACUCUUCAAUCACAAAAAUCUCAGCUCGCCGCCGAUUUUUCGGGUCGCCGACGAUUCGUGUCCAAGCUACACAUUGGGCGCCCAAAAUCCACUCUGAGUAUCCGCCAUACCUUAGUCGCGGAGGAAGCUUUGCAGCACGUGGUCCUGUAUGGGAAAGAUGAUCAGACCCUUGAGAAUGUGUUGCUUAAUUUCGAGUCUCGGCUCUGUAGCUCCGAUGAUUAUACUUUCUUGCUUCGAAAGCUUGGAGACAGAGGAGACUCUUCUAAAGCGAUCCGAUGCUUCGAGUUUGCAAUGAGAAGGGAAAAGAGGAAGAACGAGCAAGGAAAAUUAGCUAGUGCCAUGAUUAGUACUCUCGGUAGAUUAGGUAAAGUGGAGCUUGCAGAGGCUGUAUUUGAGACUGCUCUUAGAGAGGGAUAUGGUAACACUGUUUAUACUUUUUCUGCUUUAAUUAGUGCUUAUGGGAAAAGUGGUUAUUGGAAUGAUGCUUUUAAGGUUUUUUAUUCAAUGGAGGCUUAUGGGCUAAAGCCAAAUUUAGUCUCUUACAAUGCUGUGAUUGAUGCGUGUGCCAUAGGGGGUGUGGAGUUUAAGAAGGCAGUGGAGAUUUUUGAUGAGAUGUUUAAAAAUGGAGUGCAACCAGACCUAAUUACAUUUAAUUCGCUGCUUUCCGUGUGUAGUAGGGGAGGGCAAUGGGAGGCAGCAAGGAAUUUGUUUACUGAAUUGAUAAAUAGAGGGAUUGACCUAGAUAUAUUCACUUAUAAUACAAUUGUGGAUGCAUUCUGUAAAGCAGGGCAAAUGGACGCGGCUCUUGAGAUCAUAUCUGAGAUGCCUGGUAAGAAUGUAUUGCCUAAUGUUGUUACUUACAGUACCAUGGUUCGUGGAUACGGUAAAGCUGGUAGAUUAGAUGAAGCACUUAAUCUGUUCAACAAAAUGAAGUUUUUGGGGCUUAGUUUGGAUUUAAUUUCAUAUAAUACUUUGGUUUCUGCUUUUGCCAUGCUUGGAAGGUUUGAGGAGGCUUGGGAUGUUUGUAAGGAGAUGGAGAAUUCUGGUAUUAGGAAAGAUGUUGCGACUUACAAUGCGCUUUUGGGUGGGUAUGGAAAACAACGCAUGUAUGAUGAGGUGAGGGAAGUGUUUAAGGAGAUGAAAGAGGCAUGCAUAUCACCUAAUUUGCUAACUUAUUCAACCUUGAUUGAUGUUUACUCAAAAGGUGGUCUGUAUGAGGAAGCAAUGGAGAUUUUUAGGGAGUUUGAGAAGGCAGGAUUGAAGGCUGAUGUUGUUCUUUAUACUGCACUUAUAGAUACCAUGUGCAAGAAUGGAUUAGUGGAAUCUGCUGUGACUUUACUUGAUGAGAUGACUAAAGAGGGAAUCAGGCCUAAUGUUGUCACUUAUAAUUCUAUAAUUGAUGCUUUUGGCUUGUCAGCAAUCACACAGCACGUGGUUGAUGAUGCUGGUGAAGCCAGUGAAUUUCAAGUUAAGUCUUCAUCUUCAAGUGUUGUUCAGGAAGCUACUGAAAGUAGGGUGACUGAUAGGGAGGAUGAUAGGAUCAUAAAGAUUUUUGGGAAGCUUGCUGCUGAGAAGGCAAGUCAAGAAAAUAACUGUGGCAGGCAGGAAUUAUUGUGCAUUUUGGGUGUCUUUCAAAAGAUGCGUGAGCUGGAGAUCAAACCAAAUGUCGUCACGUUCUCUUCCAUCUUAAAUGCUUGCAGUCGCUGUGAUUCCUUUGAAGAUGCUUCGAUUUUAUUGGAGGAGCUUCAAUUAUUUGAUAAUCAGGUGUAUGGUGUGGCACACGGACUUCUAAUGGGUUAUAGAGAGAAUGUUUGGGUGCAAGCACAAUCCCUAUUUGAUGAAGUAAAAUUAAUGGACUUUUCAACAGCAUCUGCCUUUUAUAAUGCUUUGACUGACAUGCUAUGGCACUAUGGUCAGAAACGAGGGGCCCUACUGGUUGUGCUAGAAGGGAAACGUAGACAAGUAUGGGAGAAUGUCUGGAGUGAUUCUUGCUUAGAUUUGCAUUUGAUGUCUUCUGGGGCUGCUCGGGCAAUGGUUCAUGCAUGGUUGCUGAACAUACGCUCUAUUGUGUUUGAUGGCCAUAAGUUGCCAAAAUUGUUAAGCAUUUUGACUGGAUGGGGCAAACACAGCAAAGUAGUAGGUCAUAGUGCACUAAGGCGAGCUGUUGAAGCGCUUCUAACUAGCAUGGGUGCACCUUUUCAGUUAGCCAGAUGCAAUUUAGGUCGAUUUAUAUCAAGAGGAUCUGUUGUUGCUGCCUGGUUAAGAGAAUCUGGCACACUAAAAGUGCUUGUACUUCAUGAUGAUAGAACGCCUCCUGAAAAUGUGAGGGUUGAUCAGGUCUCUAAUUUACAGAUGCUUCCCUUGUAGCUAUUUGUAUCAUCGUGCACAUUUUAGUUGCCCCCCUCCCCCCAGUGCAACAUGUUCAUGUUUAUUCCUUGUAUGAAAUCUUCUUGAGCUAUCCAAAAAUUUUGUGUGUGUGUGUGUGUGUUUGUGUGUGCAUGCGUGCGCAAGGUACAUUCCCAUUUGCAGUUUUUACCCUGUGGAGGGCAUUGCUUUAUUUGAUGGGUGAAGUUGAGCCAUUGGAAUUGUAUUUUAUUUGCAUUUGAAUUUAAGGCUCCCGGCAAUGCCAAUAAACGUUGAGUGUCUAUUCCAGAACAUGCAUUGUUCUAGAACUGGAUUGAAAGGGCAAGAGGAAAAUCAUAAUUACGAUUCUGCUUUCUUCUCA